GCACAGACGAAGCGGAAUGGGUAGCGCAACAAUUGCGCUCCAAGUGUGAGAUACCUUGGUCUCAACUUCUCGAUAUGGGACGCUGAUAGUGAGUAGUCGGUAUGGAGGCUACAGUAAUUCCCCUCUCAUGGUCGGAAGGCUAUGACAUCCACGACGACAAGCGAUUCGAGACAGAUGCGCGCACUCUACGAUAUCAGGCAUUAGGCAAAGCUUGUAAAGCGAACAAAGUAUCAUCCCUGUUAGUGGCACAUCAUGCAGACGAUCAGGCCGAGACAGUCAUGAUGAGAAUCAUGAACAACCGGCUGCGGUCUGGGCUUCAGGCUAUGCAGAGUGUGGAGUGGAUCCCCGAGUGCUAUGGGAUAUAUGGAGUGCAUCACAGCGGACAGAGGCAGGGACCAGAUCCCUAUCUUGAUAUUCCAUUCCCGAUCGAGAGAGGAGGGAUUCGAAUCUUGCGACCUUUGCUGAGGAUCGAGAAAUCGCGGCUGAUAGCUACAUGUGAGGAGCAAGGGGUAGCUUGGGCUGAGGACAAGACCAACUCGAUCCAGACCCUCACAGCACGCAACGCUAUCCGACAUGUGAUCAAGAACCACAAGCUACCAGCUGUCUUGAAUGUCAAGUCACUUGUCGACAUCUCGCUCAAUAUGCAGAAGCGUGUUGAGUCACACAAGGCACAUGCCGAGAAGCUCUUUGAUCAAUGUCCCAUCAAGAUGGACAUUCAGACUGGUUGUCUUCUUGUUCGCUUUCCACCGUUUGCCUCCUUGCUCAACCGCCUAAUCAAGUCUGCCUCAGAUAUGAAUGAAGCGAAAAACAAUGCCUACUUUUUGGUGGAGCGAGUUGCCGAGCUUGUUACACCUAAACCCAAGGCUCCGCUCAGUCAACUUGCAGGCACUAUCGAAAAUAUAUAUCCCGAGUUCCGAGAUCCUGAAGAUGAACUGGCACACUACAACGAAGCCCGCAUGAAGAAUUAUUCCGUCUACAGCGUCUGGUGGCGUCUCUGGGAUAAGGAGUCUCCCUUCGAAGAUCAAUAUCUUGGAGACAAUUUAAACGGUUCCUCGUCCAAAUCGAGGGAAUGGUUACUAACUCGUCAACCACUUGACACGGAGGAGAAGAGAAACCUAGCAAACCAAAUCGUUUAUCCCCCAGCACAGACCGUCUCCUCAACUUCAGUAUCCAAACCUACCUGGCAGUUCUUCGACGGCCGCUAUUGGAUUCGGCUCCAAAACUACUCACAGGAUACGCUCAUCAUGCGUAUCUUCUCGAAGGAAGAUCUACGUCAUCUACCCUCUCCUCAGAAACCUGAUAUGACAAAAUCUCCACUCAAUGGCCUUCUCCCUGAACGCUUUAUAACCGCCACUUUCAACCUUCUCAAACCCAGCGACGUGCGCUUCACGCUACCCGCAGUUUUUCGUAAGGAUAGCACCACGGGUGAAGAAACACUUGUUGGGUUCCCAACUCUCAAUGUUGGUAUGGGAAGUCCUGGUGCGCCGCAGAGGGUUUGUGACUGGAAUGUGCGUUACAAGAAGAUCGACUUUGGACGGCGUUCUGCCGAUGACAUCAUUGUGCCCGGGACGUCGAAGAUGAACAUCGUCACUGCUGAGAGGAGACAGCGUGGGGGUCACAAAGUUAUCAAGCGACACAAUGUUGUCAUUGACGAGCCCAAUGAUCCGGUUCCAGGGUACAGGCGGGUCUCUGGUGAUAAGGACACAAUCGCGGAGAGGGAUAAGUGGUGGCACAAGCAGCAGCAGCAGAUACGACAAGACAUGAAAGAUGAUGAAGUUGAGGGCUUAUAGAUCUUGGUGGAAGAGGGCAGGAAGAGAAGGGGUGGCAGACGGGGUCAUUAAGGUACCUUUUGCGUUGAAUACGAGAUAAAGAUAAUUAUAUAUAACCAUGCCUGUAUUCGUAGGGUAGCCGCUCCCGUCCC